AUGCCUCUGGAUGUUUCUCUGGUCAUUCCUGAGAAGUUCCAGCACAUUCUUCGUGUUCUCAACACGAACAUCGAUGGCAGAAGGAAGAUCGCCUUCGCCAUCACUGCCAUCAAGGGAGUUGGCAGACGUUACGCUCAUGUCGUCUUGAGGAAGGCUGACAUUGACCUCAGCAAGCGGGCUGGAGAGCUGACCGACGAUGAGGUUGAGCGCGUGGUGACCAUCAUGCAGAACCCUCGCCAGUACAAAAUCCCAGACUGGUUCCUCAACAGGCAGAAGGACGUCAAGGACGGCAAAUACAGCCAGGUCCUGGCUAACGGUCUGGACAACAAGCUGAGAGAGGAUUUGGAGAGGCUGAAGAAGAUCAGGGCUCAUCGGGGUCUCAGGCACUUCUGGGGUCUGCGUGUGCGCGGUCAGCACACCAAAACCACCGGGCGGCGCGGUCGCACUGUGGGCGUGUCCAAGAAGAAGUAA